AUGAAAAAUCUUUAGAAACUCAAAUAGUUGAACAUAAUCAAAAGUCACUUCUCAUCAGGAAUAAAAAAUUAAUAAGUCAGAAAUUACACUUCUUAUCAAACUCCAUAAGUGUUAGUGGCUGUAGCUAAUGGAUCUGAGGAAAUUGAAACUGUUACCAUCACAGAUGUUCUUACAAGAUCUGAUAUCCAUGUUACUCUAGUCAAAGUUCUAGAUGAAAAGGAAGCCUCCUAACAAGGAGGGAUUGAUGCUUCUCCAUUUCACAAAAUUUGUGUGAUGUCUAGAGGACUCAAAUUGAUCGCUGAUGACAUUUUGAAUGACAAUUUUUAAAAUAGAGACUUUGACAUGAUAGUGUUACCUGGAGGAGGUCUAGGAGCAUAAAACUUCGCCAAGAGCUAAAUCCUGAUUGAUUUUUUGAGAAACCAUGCCCAUCACAAUCGAUACAUAGCUGCAAUCUGUGCCUCUCCUGCUGUCGUAUUGAAAGAGCAUGGUUUUAUUGGAGACAAAUAAGCUACCUGCUAUCCAGGAUUCAUAAAUACUAUGACUUUAGACAAUUAUGUUGAUGAGAAAGUAGUUGUGUCUGGGAAAUUAAUUACCUCAUAAGGACCAGCAACUUCAAUGGAAUUUGCUUUGAAGUUAGUAAAGAUUUUAAAGGGUUAGGGGGAAGCAGAUAAAAAUGCAAAAGAUUUACUAUUUGAUGCUAAGCAUUUGUGA